AUGUCGUUCAAUACUCGUCCAAUCAUAUUGUCCGGUCCAUCGGGUGGAGGAAAAAGUACAAUUUUAAAAAAGGCUAUGGAAAAUUAUCCUGAUCGAUUCGCGUUCAGCUCCGUUUUAGAUACAACUCGGGCGCCAAGAAUUGGUGAACAAAAUGGUAUACAUUAUUGGUUCAUUGAUAAAGCGUCCUUCGAGAAAAUGAUAGCUAAUGAAGAAUUUAUCGAAUAUGCGGUAUUCAGUGGAAAUUUUUAUGGAACAAGCAAAAAAGCCAUUGAAGCUGUUCAAAAAACUGGUCGUAUAUGUGUAUUGGAUGUUGAGUUGAAUGGUGUUAAAAACAUUCGCAAGUUUGGCCUAAAUGCAAAAUAUAUUCUUAUAAGAGCACCUGAUUUACAGAUAAUUGAAGAUCGCUUACGACAGAGAAAGACUGAAACUGAAGAGACAUUACAGAAGCGCCUUAAUCAAGCCAAAGAAGAUCUUGAUGCAGUUUGUGCGCAGCCAGACUUAUUCGAUUUCAUCAUUGUAAACGAUGAUUUACAAAGGGCCUAUGAAGAAUUUGUCGAUAUUAUUAAAGAAGAGCUUGAACAGUUUGGUCCAUCUCAGCGACAAAUUAAACAAAUAUAA